UACGAAUCUCUCUCUCUUUCUCUUUCUCUGUGGUUUCGCUUUCAGUUUCAGCGCCUCUUCAUAUUUGCCACAUAAUAAUAAACCGAAACGAACAAUGUACGGUUCAAUUUGAACCAAACGCAUAAAAUUAGUAUCAAACGUAACCGUAAUCUUCAUCUUCUUCAUUCUUUCUUCGAUCGAUCGAUCGAGUUUCCACAAUGAACCAACACAUUCCUUCAUCUCGAAAUUUUCGACUCGGCCGAGUCAAGCCACAAGCUCCCGGUAACCGCACAAUCUUCUGUAACGAUCGUCAAGCCAAUCACGUCGCUCGAUUCAAGGGCAAUUCAAUAUCCACUACAAAGUACAACUUUUUCACUUUUUUGCCAAAAGGAUUGUUUGAACAGUUCAGGCGGGUUGCUAAUCUCUAUUUUCUUACUAUCUCAAUUUUGUCUACCACACCAAUCAGCCCUGUGUCUCCGAUCACUAAUGUGCUUCCUCUAUCUAUGGUGCUUCUCCUCUCUCUUAUUAAGGAAGCAUUUGAGGAUUGGAAACGGUUUCAAAAUGACAUGGCCAUAAACAAUAACAGGGUACAUGUUUUGCAAGAUAAAGAAUGGGUGUCUAUACCGUGGAAAAAACUGCAAGUUGGCGACAUUGUUAAGGUUAAGCAGGAUGGAUUCAUUCCUGCGGAUUUGCUUUUCCUAGCUAGUACAAAUGUUGAUGGUGUCUGCUACAUUGAGACUGCUAAUUUGGAUGGAGAAACCAAUUUGAAGAUCAGAAAAGCAUUGGAAAAGACUUGGGAUUACGUGACUCCAGAGAAGGCCUCUGAAUUUAAAGGUGAAAUUCAGUGUGAACAGCCAAACAAUUCAUUGUAUACCUUCACUGGAAAUCUUAUAAUUCAAGACCAAACAAUUCCUCUCAGUCCAAAUCAACUUCUGUUGCGAGGAUGCAGCCUCAGGAAUACAGGACAUAUUGUCGGGGUUGUUAUUUUCACAGGACAUGAAACAAAGGUGAUGAUGAAUGCUAUGAAUGUUCCCUCCAAAAGAAGUACACUGGAGAGGAAACUUGACAAGCUCAUACUCACUCUAUUUGCAACUCUCUUUACGAUGUGUUUUAUAGGAGCUGUAGGCAGUUCUAUCUUUGUAAACACGAAGUAUUUCUAUUUACAUCUUGACUCAACAGAAGAGGAUGGCUUAGCACAGUUCAAUCCAGGAAAUAGAAUUGGGGUUUUUCUUUUGACCAUGUUUACCCUCAUCACGUUAUACUCAACAAUCAUCCCUAUUUCACUCUAUGUAUCAAUUGAGGUUUGUGUCCCAUCCAUAUAUAUGCCCUAUAAAUGCUGUUGUCUUGAUGAUGAAGUAAAUUUGUUUUUGUUGUUGUAUCAGAUGAUCAAAUUUAUUCAGUCUACUAAAUUUAUCAACAACGACUUGCACAUGUACCAUCAUGAAACCAAUACCCCAGCAUUGGCCAGAACUUCAAAUCUGAAUGAAGAACUUGGACAGGUUGAAUACAUCUUCUCAGACAAAACUGGGACUCUUACAAGAAACUUAAUGGAGUUCUUCAAGUGCUCAAUUAGAGGAGAGGUGUAUGGAAAUGGUGUGACUGAAAUUGAGAAAGGAAUAGCAGAGCGCAGGGGCAUAAAACUAGAGGAAAAUAUCUCACCCAACGCAGUGCGAGAGAGGGGUUUCAAUUUUGAUGAUGCUAGGCUCAUGGGAGGAGCUUGGAGGAAUGAGCCAAAUCCCGAUAGCUGCAAGGAAUUCUUCAGAUGCCUUGCUAUUUGCCAUACUGUGCUUCCUGAGGGAGACGAGUUCCCUGAGAAGAUCAGAUACCAGGCUGCAUCACCCGAUGAGGCUGCUUUGGUUAUUGCUGCAAAGAACUUCGGUUUCUUCUUUUACAGACGUACACCUACAAUGAUAUAUGUUCGUGAAUCUCAUGCUGAAAAGAUGGACAUAAUUCAAGAUGUCUCAUAUGAGAUUUUGAAUGUGCUUGAGUUUAACAGUACAAGGAAGCGCCAAUCUGUUGUUUGCCGUUAUCCAAAUGGGAGGCUUGUAUUGUACUGUAAGGGUGCUGAUAAUGUAAUCUAUGAGAGACUAGUUGAUGGUUCUAAUGAUAUUAAAACAGUUACCAGGGAGCAUUUGGAACAGUUUGGAUCUGCUGGAUUACGCACAUUGUGCCUGGCAUACAAAGAAUUACAUCCUGAUGUUUACGAAAACUGGAACAAGAAGUUCCUUCAUGCUAAAUCCUCUCUAAGUGACCGGGAAAAGAAGUUAGAUGAGGUGGCAGAACUUAUCGAAAAUGAUCUCAUUUUGAUUGGUAGCACUGCCAUAGAAGACAAGCUUCAAGAUGGAGUACCAGCCUGCAUAGAUACUCUUCAAAGAGCUGGCAUAAAAAUUUGGGUGCUUACAGGGGACAAGAUUGAAACAGCAAUCAAUAUUGCCUAUGCUUGCAAUUUAAUAAACAAUGAAAUGAAGCAAUUCAUUAUCAGUUCAGAAACCGAUGCCAUUAGAGAAGUUGAAGAAAGGGGGGACCAAGUAGAAAUUGCGCGAUUUAUUAGAGAAGAAGUUAAGAAAGAGCUGACGAAGUGCCUUGAGGAAGUACGAAGCUAUUUUAGUUCUCCACCUGCACCAAAUUUAGCACUUGUAAUUGAUGGAAAAUGUCUAAUGUAUGCACUGGAUCCAAGUUUGAGAGUCAUUCUACUGAAUUUGAGUUUGAAUUGCCAUUCUGUUGUUUGCUGCCGAGUUUCUCCUUUACAGAAAGCACAGGUCACAGCUUUGGUCAAGAAUGGUGCACGGAAAAUAACACUUGGUAUUGGUGAUGGAGCCAAUGAUGUUAGCAUGAUUCAAGCUGCUCAUGUUGGUGUUGGAAUAAGUGGGAUGGAGGGGAUGCAAGCUGUAAUGGCUAGUGAUUUUGCAAUUGCACAAUUUCGUUACCUUGUAGAUUUACUUCUUGUUCAUGGUCGGUGGUCAUAUCUUCGAAUAUGCCAGGUGGUGACAUACUUCUUUUACAAGAAUCUCACUUUCACUCUUACUCAGUUUUGGUUUAACUUCCAAACUGGGUUUUCAGGCCAGAGAUUCUAUGAUGAUUGGUUUCAGUCAUUGUAUAAUGUUAUAUUCACUGCGCUUCCUGUGAUCAUGGUUGGCCUAUAUGACAAGGAUGUUAGUGCAUCACUAUCCAUGAAGUAUCCUGAACUAUACAUGGAGGGAAUAAGAAAUUCCUUUUUCAAAUGGAGAGUUGUGGCUAUAAGGGCCUUUCUUUCUGUUUACCAGUCUCUAGUAUUCUUCUAUUUUGUGAGUUCUUCAAAUUUAAGUGCUAAAAAUUCAGAAGGCAAGAUAUUUGGACUCUGGGAUGUUAGUACUAUGGCCUUCACAUGUGUUGUAAUAACUGUUAACUUCCGACUUCUGAUGAAUUCUAAUUCAAUCACAAGGUGGCACUAUAUUAGUGUUGGUGGAAGUAUAUUAGGAUGGUUUAUUUUUGUAUUCAUAUAUUCAUGGAUCAGAACUCGCUAUGAUCGACAGGAGAAUGUGUAUUUUGUCAUAUAUGUCUUGAUGAGUACACCGUAUUUCUACAUUAUGCUAAUUCUUGUCCCUAUUGCGGCACUUUUUUGUGACUUUGUUUACCUAGGGGUUCAGAGAUGGUUUUUUCCUUAUGAUUAUCAAAUUAUUCAAGAACUGCAUAGACAUGAGAAUGAUGAUUCCGGCAGGGCUCAACGGCUAGAGAUAUGGAACCAGUCUCAACCUGAGGAAACAACCCUUGAAAUAUCUGAACUCCCACGUGCGAUAUCAAAGAACACCGGGUUUGCUUUUGAUUCACCUGGUUACGAGUCAUUUUUUGCUACACAGCUUGGUGUACAUACGUCUCAAAAUGCUUGGGAUGUCGCAAAACGUGCUAGCGUGAGAUCCCAGGAUAUUGAACAAAAAGAGUAAUUUGGGUUUGAUGGUUGUACAUUUACUUUCGUUUUAGUCGUAAGUUUGACAUCCGGCCAUAGGAGAUUUGUAAAUGAGUCAUAUCAAAUGUUGGUCAUUUUCAUUUAGGUAAAUAUUGUUCAUUUAGGCAUAUUAUGUGUUUCCGCAACAGUUUACAGCGAGGUUUCAAGAAUUAUCACAAAUGUAUACUCCACUAGUUGUAGAAAGUUGGUCAAUUUGUAUGUAUAGAGGUUGUGGAUUUGUUUCAGUCAAUUUCAAUGCACUUCCUUUUGUAA